AUGACCAAAUCAUACAGCGAGAGCGGGCUGAUGGGCGAGCCUCAGCCCCAGGGUCCUCCCAGCUGGACAGACGAAUGUCUCAGUUCUCAGGACGAGGAGCACGAGGCAGACAAGAAAGAGGACGACCUCGAAGCCAUGAACGCGGAAGAGGACUCACUGAGGAACGGGGGAGAGGAAGAGGACGAAGACGAGGAUCUGGAAGAGGAGGAAGAAGAGGAAGAGGAGGAUGACGAUCAAAAACCCAAGAGACGGGGCCCCAAAAAGAAGAAGAUGACCAAGGCGCGCCUUGAGCGUUUUAAGCUAAGGCGCAUGAAGGCCAACGCCCGGGAACGGAACCGCAUGCACGGGCUAAACGCGGCUCUGGACAACCUGCGCAAGGUGGUGCCCUGCUAUUCCAAGACGCAGAAGCUGUCCAAAAUCGAGACGCUGCGCCUGGCCAAGAACUACAUCUGGGCUCUGUCGGAGAUCCUGCGUUCGGGCAAAAGCCCUGAUCUGGUCUCCUUCGUACAGACUCUCUGCAAGGGCUUAUCCCAGCCCACCACCAACCUGGUUGCCGGCUGUCUGCAGCUUAAUCCUCGGACUUUCCUGCCUGAGCAGAACCAGGACAUGCCUCCGCACCUGCCUACCGCCAGCGCUUCCUUCCCUGUGCACCCCUACUCUUACCAGUCGCCGGGGCUGCCCAGUCCGCCUUACGGUACCAUGGACAGCUCCCACGUCUUCCACGUUAAGCCGCCGCCGCACGCCUACAGCGCUGCGCUAGAGCCCUUCUUUGAAAGCCCCCUGACUGAUUGCACCAGCCCUUCCUUUGACGGACCCCUCAGCCCGCCGCUCAGUAUCAAUGGCAACUUCUCUUUCAAACACGAACCGUCCGCCGAGUUUGAGAAAAAUUAUGCCUUUACCAUGCACUAUCCUGCAGCGACCUUGGCAGGGGCCCAAAGCCACGGAUCAAUCUUCUCGGGCGCCGCGGCCCCUCGCUGCGAGAUCCCUAUAGACAAUAUCAUGUCCUUCGAUAGCCAUUCACAUCAUGAGCGAGUCAUGAGUGCCCAGCUCAAUGCCAUCUUUCACGAUUAGAGGCACGUCAGUUUCACCAUCCCCGGGAAACGUACCCACUGUGCUUACAGUGACUGUGGUGUUUACAAAAGGCAGCCCUUUGGGUACUAUUGCUGCAAAGUGCAAAUACUCCAAGCUUCAAGUGAUAUAUGUAUUUAUUGUCGUUACUGCCUUUGGAAG